AUGUCAAAACAAGACAAGGCAAAUUAUAAAAAAAAGUUUAUGCCAAAAAUUCAACUUCGAAAUAAUGAGAUUAGAUUAGCAAUCCACUAUGCAUAUGAACAAGCCACUACAUUAGCUAAAGACAUUCUUGAAAUAGUAAUAAAUACUCAAAUUCAUGACCUUAUGACUAUUUCAGAAGAUGAGGAGGAGGAUCUUGAAGUAGAAAAUGAAAUUGAACAACCUGCUAAUCUAUAA